UAUUGUAUGCAAUGCAAUCGCCAUGUAAUUGCUUUACUGGCAUGAGCCGUAUGGUUAUGGCACAUUAUACUUUUUAUUUUAUUUUUCUUCAACUUUGAGCGAGCUUGUUCUCGAUCACAGACUUUUGGAUACUUUGCUUAAUAAAGGGGCUGCAUGCAUCACUGUGAUGCAGAGGCCGGGGGUAAUCCUCCUUUUCUAAAAAAAGUUCGCCAGGAUGGAUGGAUAUUCAAGGUCGUUGGCAGUGUCAAAAUAUUUUCUUCAUCACUGUUUUCUCCUGACAUGAAGGGAUUGUACGCCGCGCGCGCACGCGUGCACCGGCUCCCUUCCCCACCUCCCAGAGGAGAAAAAAAAAAUCAAAGAACGAUUCCACCAUAAUGAACCUAAUCAUUUGAUGGAGCUCAGUUCUUUGUAUGGAGCAGUAGUUGAGAGAGGCCCAUAUUACUUUUUUUGGCCCGUUUUGAUCAUCCAAUAGAGAUCCAGUAUCCCACGCGUCUUCUGCUGCUUUGAAAAUUCCAGUCCACUGAUGCCUACUUGCAGAAAUAGCAAGAUCCACGUAAUCACGAGAGUAUAUUCUUGGCAGUGCAAUACUAAAAGUUGAUCCGGCCAUUUUCCAUCCUACCGAAAUAGGAAGAGAACGUAGCACUUAGAUGCUGUUUCAGAAUCACCAACACAUGGGAACAACGAACUUCUGGAUACCGUCUCAGCUUCUUUUUGUCCUGUCUGAAAUGAUGCAGUACAAUGCACCGAAAUAGGUAGGAAGUCAAGCAAUAUAAAAACAGCAUACUCUUCCCUAUGGAUCUCCAUUGCCUAAUCUAUUCUUCUAUUGUUUAGCUCUUGUCGCUAUGUAGCUGCAUCAUAUGUUAGAUCAAGCUCACCAGCAAUGACAGCCAGUCAGCCACGGUCGUCUCUUCCCUAUGGAUCUCCAUUGCUUGUGCUUUAUCGAUUCUUGCAUUGUUUAGCUCUUGUCCCCAUGUAGCCGCAUCAUAUGCCAGCCAGUCCGCCACGGUCGUCUCUUCCCUAUGGACAUCCAUUGCUUGCACUCAAUGGACUCUUGCGUUGUUUACUCCUUGUCGUCCUAUAUAAACGCAUCUUGAAUCUUCAGUUCAUACGACCACGAUCAAGGUAGCUCCAAUGGCGGAAACCCAACACACCCAGCUCGUGUGCUACACUUUGCUCUGCAUCCUUCUCGUGGCCAUAGUCGUCAAGCUCAAGCUGAAGCUCAGACGCGGCGCUGGCCGGUUGAACCAGCUGCCUCCGGGGCCAUGGGCGCUGCCCGUGAUCGGCCACAUGCACCUCCUGCUCGGCGCCAUUCCACACCAGGCCAUGCACAGGCUCGCCCGUCGGCACGGCCCUGUCAUGCUGCUCCGCCUCGGCCACGUCCCGACGCUCGUGCUCUCCUCCGCGGAGGCGGCCAGGGAGGUCAUGAAGGUCCACGACGCCGCCUUCGCGGACCGCCCCGUGUACGCCACGGCGAACAUCUUCACCUACGGCGGCGAGGACAUCUCCUUCGCGCGCCACGACAGCCGGCACUGGAAGGCCCUCCGGAAGCUCUGCGCCGUGGAGCUGCUGAGCCCAAGGCGCGUCCGGUCGUUCCGCCGUGUCCGGGAGGAGGAGGCGGCGAGGCUCGUGCGGUCCGUUGCUGACGCCGGCCCCGUCGUCAAUGUUGGUGACAUGCUAAAGGUGAUGAUGAACGACGUGGUCAUGAGGGCGUCCGUGGGCGACAGGUGCGCCCAGCGGGACGCGUACCUGGAGGAGCUGGACAGGGUGUUGGACCUCAUGUCCGGGUUUAACUUCAUCGACCUGUUCCCGGCGUCGCGCCUUGCCCGGGCGAUCGGUGGCCGGGCUCUCGGGGCGACGUGGGAGGUGCACCGGAGGAUCCACUCCAUCAUGGACGCCAUGAUCAGCGAUCACAGAACAGCUAUGGAGGGCGAGGAUGACAAUGAUGCCGGACGUGAGCAGAGGGGGGACGUACUCACCACUCUGCUCCGGUUCCAGAGGGACGGCGGGAUUGGCGGCGUCGCCCUCACCAAUGAAAACAUCAGCGGCGUCCUCUUUGAUCUUUUUGCUGCGGGAUCGGAGACGACAGCCACGACAACAAUUUGGGCAAUGUCCGAGCUGAUGAGGAGCCCACACAUAAUGGCCGCCGAACAAUCCGAAGUCCGGCAAGUCCUCCACGGCAAGACCGAGGUGACUGAGGCCGACAUCGACGGCCGGCUCCACUACCUACAUAUGGUCAUCAAGGAGACCUUCAGGUUGCAUCCACCGGUGCCGUUGCUCAUGCCGAGGCUUUGCACUGAGCAAACAAAGGUCAUGGGCUAUGAUAUUCCAGAGGGCACCACUGUAUUCGUGAAUGUGUCGGCAAUCGGUAGGGAUGAGAAGAGCUGGACUGACGCGAAUGAGUUCACGCCCAAGAGGUUUGACGGUGAAAAGGUUGAUUAUGGUGGUACGGACUUUAGGUUCCUCCCAGGUGGCGCUGGACGGAGAAUGUGCCCCGGUAUGAUGUUUGGAGUGUCAAACAUUGAAAUGGCUCUUGCGAGCCUUCUCCAUCACUUCGACUGGAAGCUUCCCGAUGGUGGGAACCCAGAGAAGCUUGAUAUGAGUGAAGCGUAUGGGAUCACAGCUCGUCGUCGGACCGAGCUUGUGUUGGAAGCUACUGUUUUUGUGCCUUAAUUUGUUUGUUCUAUGUGGCCAUGUCAAUUUAAUCAAUGGGUGCAUCCGAUAGCGGAGGUCGAGAGAGUAUACUAUUACAUAUCUUACAUGUCUAUAUUGUAACGUGUGUUAAUGCUUGAUUGUCACUUUGUAUUUAGCAAUUAAGUUAUGUUUAUUAUGUCCCUAUACGUCCAAAGAAUAUCCCACGUUUAUA